AUGGGUGGCCAAAAAUUCCAAUAUGACGAAAGUGGAGGAACGUUUUUUUACUUUUUGCUUUCCUUUUUAGCAUUAAUUUUAAUACCUACCACUUAUUAUUAUUGGCCAAGGAAGAGAAAACCAGACCCUGAAGAAGAAUCGAAGGAAUGUCGAUGUCCAGGAUGCGUGAAGAAGAAAAUGUUACUCAAAUCGGCAGACUCGUGGCGAGGGCCGAAAAAUUUAUUCUUAAAGAUUUUUAUUAUCGGAGGAUGGCUGGUGUUGGCGCUCUUGGCGUAUAAAGUGUCUCAAUUUGAUUACGAAAUGGCCAAUUUUGAUCCAUUUGAAAUUUUGGGAAUUUCGCCUACCGCUAGUCAGAACGAAAUUAAAAGGGCAUAUCGCAAGUUGUCUGUUAUAUUACAUCCGGACAAGGAAACCGGCAAUGAGAAAGAAUUUAUGAAAUUAUCGAAAGCUUAUCAGGCGUUGACAGACGAAGAAGCUAAAAAAAAUUGGGAAAAAUACGGAAAUCCUGAUGGGCCUGGCGCAAUGAGUUUUGGUAUAGCGUUACCAUCGUGGAUCGUCGAGAAGGAGAACAGUAUUUGGGUCCUUGGUUUAUAUGCGUUAGUAUUUAUGGUCGCCUUACCCGUCGUCGUAGGCACUUGGUGGUAUCGUAGCAUACGAUUUUCUGGAGAUCAAGUGCUUCUGGAAACCACGCAGGUUUACUAUUACUUUUUCCAUAAAACGCCAAACAUGCCAUUAAAACGUGUUAUAAUGAUCUUAUCUGCGAGUCCCGAAUUCGAUCGUAAACACAACUCGGAAAUUAUAGAGAGACAAUCUGAUAAUGAAGAAGUACCUCAUCUGAUUAAGAAGUUACCCAACCUAAGUGAGAAGAAUAAGGAACGCCCUCUUUGCUUCGGUUAUAGUAUUAAGGCCAGGGCGAUUUUACACGCACACUUAUCCAGAAUUCCACUCAAUCCGAGUACAUUAGAACAGGAUCGUAGGUAUAUCGUCGCGAAAUGCCCGUACCUGAUACAAGAGCAGGUUAAUUGUUUGAAUCAACUGGUCUUCCUAGCAUAUGCACGACGAAUUCAAAGAUUACCUAGCAUUGAAACUAUAGAAAAUUGUAUGAAACUGUCACCAAUGAUUGUGCAAGGCUUGUGGGAUUUCAAGUCUCCUCUCCUUCAAUUGCCAUAUAUCAAUGAUGAAAACCUGAAGUACUUCUUGCAUAAAAAGAGGCCAAUAAAGUCGUUACAAGAGUUUGCGCAAUUAAAAGCGGAAGAACGAAGAAACAUCCUCAGAAAUUUAACAACGGAAGAAUUCGAAGACGUAAUGAAAGUGUUAGGCAGAAUGCCGUACAUCGAUUUCCAAGUUAAAUGUGAAGUAAUCGACGAUGAAAAUCCCACCGAGGUGACUGCAGGUGCUAUUGUAACGGUCACUGUGACCUUAAUUAGGCACGAUAUGAGUAUGUUAUUCGGAGAUCAGACGGUCCCCGAGGUCCAAACGAUAACAGAAAAUGGUGUUGAAGCUGAACCAAAAGAGGCGGGUGGGGAUGCGGAGAAUGAAAACGAGUCGGUUGGGAAAAGGCCGGCCUGGAUGAAACAAAAGAAAGGUGGUUCGAAAAAAACGACCAAGAGGAGCAAUAAGCAACAGAGUAAGGUUGCUAAUAACGUUGUUAAGCCAAAGCCGGAGGAAUCACCAGUGGUCGAAAAAGCUAAACCCAAAGAAGAGAAGGUGAAAGCCAAGGAUGACGAGAGUGAAGAUUCAGAUGUUAGUGAUUUAGAAGAUACCAAUGAUAACGCUGAUAGAUCUUCAGAAGAAGAAGUGAAAUCGGGGGUUGAAGAUGAUGAUCAGGAGUGGGAGAAGUUUCAACAGAAACUUCAUAAACGAGAGAAAGUACUGGAAGGCAGAUCCAAAGUUUCCCACACGGUGCAUAGUCCCUUGUUCCCCAAUGAUAAACAGGAGCACUGGUGGACAUACAUCUGCGAUCGCAAGUCUCGCACAUUACUCACCGCACCUUAUCAUGUAACAGAUCUAAUCGAUAAAGAAGAGUGUCAGCUAAAGUUCACAGCACCCAUUUGGACAGGUGUCUAUACAGUCACAGUGUGCCUGAGGUCAGACUCGUACAUUGGCUUUAAUCAGCAAAAAGAUAUUAAGCUGGAUAUAAAAGAAGCUCCUGCGGAGAUUACCGAACAUCCACAGUGGGAGUUUGAGGAUUCGGAAGAAGAAGGACCCGCAGAAGAUGAGGCGCACGAAUCGGAGUACACUACAGAUGAAGAUUUUCCCGAAGAGGACGACUGAAAUGCAGAGAGGUUUAUUUAUAAAUAAAUACAAUGACAUUUACUAUUUGAUAUCUAUAAAUAAAUUAUUUUGUGUAGUUUUUAUGUUUUGCAAAAUCGAUUGGUGUAAAAACAAUUUCUAAUUAUGGUUUAUUAUUUGGUGUUUCUUUUGUUAUUCCUUUCAGUUGUGACUAGUACGUAAUUUGUAAAAAGUACUAUUAGAUAUGCAAGGUUUAAUACAACAGACCUUAAUAAUAUUAUGGGAAGAAUUAAU